CGCGGGGUGUGUUCUAGGGUUUAGGCGGUUCACCCGCUAGGCAGCAGUAUAUAAACUGCUCUCUUCCUCGCCGCCAUCUAGGGUUUCCUCUCCGCCGCGCCGCCUCCCUCGUACCUCGUCGCGGAUCUGUGCUCGCACCACCGGCGGCGCCAUGAGUAAGUUGCAGAGUGAUGCUCUGAGAGAAGCGAUCUCUCAAAUUGCUAAUGACUCUCGUGAGAAGCAGCGCAAAUUUGUGGAAACCAUUGAGCUGCAGAUUGGACUGAAGAACUAUGACCCUCAAAAGGAUAAGCGUUUCAGUGGUUCUGUUAAGCUGCCCCACAUCCCUCGGCCUAAGUUGAAGGUUUGCAUGCUUGGUGAUGCUCAGCACGUCGAAGAGGCAGAGAAAAUGGGCCUAGACUAUAUGGAUGUGGAAGCCCUCAAGAAAAUGAACAAAAACAAGAAGCUAGUUAAGAAGCUUGCAAAGAAAUAUCAUGCUUUCCUUGCUUCUGAGGCUAUCAUCAAGCAGAUUCCUCGACUUCUUGGUCCUGGUCUUAACAAAGCAGGCAAAUUCCCAACUCUGGUGACGCAUCAGGAAUCACUUGAGUCCAAGGUUAAUGAGACUAAGGCUACAGUGAAAUUCCAGCUGAAGAAGGUUCUCUGCAUGGGUGUUGCUGUUGGCAACUGUGCUAUGGAGGAGAAGCAGAUCUUCCAAAAUGUGCAGAUGAGCGUGAACUUCCUUGUUUCCCUUUUGAAGAAGAAUUGGCAGAACGUUAGGUGCUUGUACCUGAAGAGCACCAUGGGAAAGGUGUACCGAGUGUUCUAAGUUAUUUUCUUUAGGCUUCUAGAUGUUUUGGAGACUAAGCUACUUGAAACUUUUGCUACUUUCCCAGUCAUCAAAUUUUGUGCAACAGCUGAGGAUUAAGGAAUUCGGAUUUAAUUGUCCUGUACUAAGUUGCCUCUCUCUUUGGUUGAACAUCAUUACAUUUUAUCCAUCGAGAUCAUUCUGUGAUGACCCAAAAUCCUGCUGUGCAGACCUUUUA